GCUCAUGUGAGACAGUCAACAACUGCAACAGUGUUGGAGCUUAACCGUAGUAAAUGUUUAGAAUAUUUUGCCGCUGACUUAUUUUCGUGCUUUCAUUUAUUUUUUUCGCGCAUUAAAUAUUCAGUUAUAUUAAAUCUUCACUGGCUAUCAGAGUAAGCGGGUAUCAGAGUAAGUUGCUGAAGUUGCGCGGAGAAAAAGAAGACGCUGUUAUGGAUGUGGCGUGGCUGAUGUGCUUGGCGCUGAGCGUCGCUGCCGCGGAGAGACACAGCGUCUACUGGAACAGCUCCAAUCCCAACUUCCUAUGGGAUGAGUAUACGGUGGAAGUGCAAAUCAAUGAUUAUCUGGACAUCAUCUGCCCCCACUACAACCAUGGAGAGGUGCCAUCGCACUCAGCUGAACGCUAUGUGCUGUACAUGGUGGAGAAGGACGACUAUGACGUCUGCAAACCUCACUCUUUCGAUCAGCUCCGCUGGGAGUGCUCACGGCCCUUCGCUCCUCACGCUCCGGAAAAAUUCUCUGAGAAGUUCCAGCGCUUCACCCCCUUCACCUUGGGAAAGGAGUUUAAAAAGGGGGAAAGCUAUUAUUAUAUCUCCAAGCCUAUGCAUCACCGCGGUGAAGAUUGCCUGAAGUUGAGGGUGGAUGUAGUUGGUCAUAAAGACUCUGGAAAGACUCACCUAGACAAGUCUAAGGCCGAGGAGACAGAAAAAACCUUCGAUGGAGGAAAACCGAAGGUUCCCACAGCGGGAGGAGUUCACAACCCCUCCAACCGGCUCCCAGCAGACGACCCUGCUGUGAUGGAGCCAAAUGUCCAGCGGAGCAUCGGCAGCUCAGCAGCACAGCUCGUUUCCCUGUCGCUCCUCUUCACCAUUAUCCCAGUCUUAUUUGCCCUGAUGCUACACUGAGACCCACCAAGACACGUAAACAAAUGGACAAUACUAACCUGAUGCUGGUCAUUGGGACGUGAUCACUCCAAUUUUAUUUUUUUUUUACUGUAUUUUUUUUAUUUUAUUUUAUUUUUUUAUACAAGCAUGGACAGUGUGUGUUGGAUAGUGUGUUUGAUGUGUUUUGUCUGAGUAAAUGUGGAGCGUGGAUCGCUCCAAAGACGUGGACCUCAAAGACUUUUUUUCUUACUGUAUUAUGAGGAUGGAAAUUCUCACUUUUGACCAUUCAAAAUGCACAUUUCUUUUCAUCAUUAAACAUAAACAAGAACUCCAAGCAUAGUGAUCAAAAUACGUGUUGAAAAUGAUGGCAACAUCACAUAAUCAUGUAAUAUCAGGUGUUCUUGUCGCUGGUACAGCUGUGCAUUGUAUUACCAAAUGCUCACUCAUUUUUUUCCCUCCUCUACAUGUAGAGAAUAUAUUGUUUUUUGUCUGUGUGUUGUUGUCAGUAACUGCCAAAGUGGUAUACAUAAUGUAGGAUAUUUAUCAUGUUGUGUAGCACUCAGCUCCUCCUUAUAUCUCCUCAAGUUUAUUAACUGUUUUGUUUUUUUUUGUUUUUUUUACGUCAAACCAUAGUAAUGUGCUUGUGAUGAUGAAGCAUUUGUUUUCCCCAAGUGAAAAAUAUAACAGUAAGAAUCAUUGAAAGCAUUAGGCAUCUGCUUUUUAUUCAUUCUCAGUAAAUUCCAUGUUCUCAUGAGGGUGAGGAUCCCCGAAAGAAA